AUGUCUCGGGCAGCCAAGGCCCCGGCAGCCGGCCGAGAAGCGGCCCGUGGUGGCCCGGCGGGCGGCGCGGCCGCAGGCCCGAGCAAGUGGCGCCGGGGGCGGAGAGCCAGGCUACAAGGCCACCGGCCCGUCACGCCAGCGGUCAAGAAGGAGCUCCCAGGCCGCGAAGACCUGGCCCUGGCUCUGGCCACCUUCCAUCCGACCCGGGCCGCACUGCCACUGCCGUCGCUCCCAGGCUACCCGACACCGCUGCCGGCCGCGGCCGCCCUGCCCCCGGCCGCCUCGCUACCCGCCGCGACCGCUGGCUACGAGGCGCUCCACUGCGGCCGCGGCCCCGAUUUCCAGCCGCUGCUGGACAACGGCGAGCCGGGCAUCGAGGUGGAGCGCGGCGCCCACCGCGCGCUGCUCUCCGUGCGCAAACUCUGCCGAGGCAGCAAGGGUCCGUCCAUCCGCCACCGCGGCGAGUGGCUCACACCCAACGAGUUCCAGUUCGUCAGCGGCGGAGAGACGGCCAAGGACUGGAAGCGCAGCAUCCGCCACAAAGGAAAAAGUCUGAAGACGCUUAUGUCCAAGGGGAUUCUGCAGGUGCACCCUCCGAUCUGCGACUGUCCGGGCUGUCGAAUAUCCUCCCCGGUGAACCGGGGGCGGCUGGCAGACAAGAGGACAGUUGCCCUGCCCACUGCACGGGUCCUAAAGAAGGAGCUGACCCCCAGCUUCUCGUCCAGUGAUGGUGACAGCGAUGGGAGUGGCCCAGCCUGUGGGCGGCAACCAGGCUUGAAACAGGGGGACACCCCACAUGUCCCUCUCAUGAGGAGAAGAGUCCACACCCACUGGGACGUGAACAUCUCCUUCCGAGAGACGUCCUGCAGGUAGGGUCUGGGCUUAUCCCCACACAU